AUCAUGUCAGGCACUGUGGAGCUGCCGACUUUGCAAGAAUUGACUAUACAGGAGGUUAAGGUAUCUUCAGCUGUACUAAAAGCUGCAGCACACCAUUAUGGUGCUCAAUGUGACAAACCCAAUAAAGAAUUCAUGUUGUGCCGUUGGGAGGAGAAGGACCCAAGAAACUGUCUGAAAGAAGGACAAAAAGUUAGUGAAUGUGCACUGGAUUUUUUCAGGAUUAGACUUUCUGAGCAGCAGUCUGUCUUGGUUUGA